AUGGGAAAACUCACUGAUGAUGCCGACUACGAUGCCGGCGAAACGUUUGAAAAUGUACCAAGUCCACUGUCUGAUGUUAGCAGUCAUGACAACUACUAUGACAGACGACUUCUGACUAGGUGCGUUCUACUGAAUCGCCUUGACAACCAAACCAAGUUGCGACAACGAGGCACGACUCGUCCUCUUUCCACUCGCCCAGCAGAGCACCGACGCAUGCCUUCUUCACGAAUUUGUCGCAAACUGCAGCCAACUGCCAACAGUCCUUGCGAGAUGGCUUUUUGUCCAAGUUUUAUCGCAAUCAGCCGAUUUCCUCGGCCAGCCCGUGUCUCACAUGAGGCAGUGGCACGCUUCUUCUGUCCCCAUAAAAAUGGGCCAUUAUUCCGAAACUGUCUGCUGUGCCGGGGCCUUAUCGCCAACGAAAUGCUCGUCGCCAUUUUCGCCCGACGACUCGACGAGUUCUGCCGACACGAGCACUCCGAGCUGGGGCUCUUUCGAGGCUGCCAACGACCCGCAGUCGAGGUUGAGGUCGCUGUCCGCGCUGGCAGCCAAUUGCUUGAGCCAAGCUCUAUCUUAAGGGCUCCCAGCAGGAACCCCUUGCGGGACUCGAACAAUCAUGGACAGAGUCUCAGCUCGACACGUUAA